AUGUUUUUCUUGGCUGUUUUCGUCGGUAUCAUUAGCUUCUUCUUCAUCAGGUUAUGGAUUCAAAGAAGGAAACUACCGCCAGGUCCGCUUCCCUUGCCUUUCAUCGGCAAUGUGCAUCAACUCGCUUACAAACUGUUCAUCAAAAAGAAGAAUUUUGUCGAAGCUGUUCGGGACUGGGUUGAGGAAUACGGUCCCGUCCACACUUUUUGGUUUGGUCCCAUGGCGACCGUGAACAUCUGCGACUACUCCACAGCAGUGGAUGCAAUGGUGAAAAAAGGCUCAGCUUUUGCCAGCAGAAAUAAUCCUUAUCUAUUUGCUUUGACAAGAAAUGGGCGUGGAAUCAUCGUCACGAAUGGACCGCCUUGGUUGGAGCAACGCCGUUUUGCAUUGCACACUCUUCGGAACUUCGGUCUGGGGAGGAAUAUCAUUGAGGAGAGGAUCAUGUACGAAUUCGAAAUUGCGUGA